CUAAAGGGUGUGUAAUAUGUGCGCCUCCCCGGAGGUUGUAUUUAAGGGCGCACUGAGGGAAGUGCACGGCGUGGCAGAUGCAGUGGAUCGGCGUACACCGGCAGUAGGGGAUAGAGGGGAAGAGACACAUACAGACUCUCCCACGAAAAAGGAGCAGAUGCGGGAAGGAAGAGGAGGAAGAUACGCAGCAUGCGGGACAUCCCGGCGAUGAGCGCAGAGCUGGCGGAGUGUUGACGGGCUCGGAUCGGCUCGGCUCGGCUCGGCAGUGAUGCGUCCGUUCGCACGGCUCCCCGCGUCGGCCGCAGGCGUGCAGCGCUGCGCUUCCCCGGACCUCGGCAGAGCUCGGGCGCACUAGCCGAUCCUCGGCUUCAUCCCGGGCUGCUAGUCCAGCCUCGUCACAGUCUCCGACUUCAGCCCGCAGCGGACCGGCAUCCAUCACUUUGCGCAGAGCAAAUAAAACAAGUGUAACUCUGGUUUAACUGGAUGAGACUUAGCCUGCUAGUCAGCGAUCGGGUUUUCUCGGAUGCAGCCCAGUAUGUCGUGUUGGACCCGUCGGGCGCUGUUGCUGGUGCUGGCCCUGGGGCUUGCGCUCCUUGUGCCGAUGGCGCUGUCCCUGGGCGCCGCGGAAAAGCCCCGGCGGUCGGUGGGGGACGGCCACGGGACCGGAGUCACGAUGCCGCCGGAUGACUCGCACGGCGGCGGGCAUGGAGGCAACAAGACCAAGAAGAACUUUCCCGUCCUGACCUUCGAUUUCGCGCAUGUGAAAAUCCCCUUCGAGAUCUCGCUGUGGGUCCUGCUGGCCUCCCUCAUGAAGCUCGGCUUCCACCUCAUCCCGCGUCUCUCCUCCAUCGUUCCCGAGAGUUGCCUGCUCAUCGUAGUGGGGCUGUUGGUGGGCGGACUCAUGAAGCUGGUGGGCGGGGCUCCACCAGAGCUUCAGUCGGACGUCUUCUUCCUCUACCUGUUGCCGCCCAUCAUCCUUGACGCCGGUUACUUCUUGCCCAUCCGGCCCUUCUCGGAGAACCUGGGCACCAUCCUGAUGUUCGCCGUGGUGGGCACGCUCUGGAACUCCUUCUUCAUCGGGGGCCUGCUGUAUGCCGUCUGCCAGAUAGAAGGCACCGACCUGCAAUCCAUCGGCCUGCUGCCCUGCUUCCUCUUCGCCUCCGUCAUCUCCGCCGUGGACCCUGUGGCGGUGCUGGCCGUCUUCGAGGAGAUCCACAUCAACGAGCUCCUGCACAUCCUGGUGUUCGGGGAGUCACUACUCAAUGAUGCAGUCACUGUCGUCCUGUACCACCUGUUUGAGGAGUACUCUGGUGUGGGCACGGUCGAAUUCCUGGACGUCUUCCUUGGCAUAGUCUGCUUCCUGGUGGUGUCCCUGGGCGGCGUGCUGGUGGGGGCUUUCUACGGCAUCCUGGCUGCCUUCACCUCCCGCUUCACCUCGCACACGCGCGUCAUCGAGCCGCUCUUCGUCUUCGUCUACAGCUACAUGUCGUACCUGUCUGCCGAGGUGUUCCACCUGUCCGGCAUCAUGGCGCUGAUCGCCUGUGGCGCCGUCAUGCGCCCCUAUGUGGAGGCUAACAUCUCCCACAAGUCGCACACCACCACCAAGUACUUCCUGAAGAUGUGGAGUAGCGUGAGCGAGACGCUCAUCUUCAUCUUCCUCGGCGUCUCCACGGUGGCUGGGCUCCACGCGUGGAACUGGACCUUCGUCACAGUCACCAUCAUCCUCUGCCUCGUGGCUCGUGUGCUUGGGGUGAUGGGCCUCACUUUCGUGAUCAACAAGUUCCGCAUCGUCAAGCUCACCAACAAAGACCAGUUCAUCAUAGCCUACGGUGGCCUGCGAGGGGCGAUAGCGUUCUCUCUGGGCUACCUCCUGCAUCCCGAAGAGUUUCCCAUGCGGAACAUGUUCCUUACCACCAUCAUCACCGUCAUCUUUUUCACGGUCUUUGUGCAGGGCAUGACGAUCCGACCUCUGGUGGAUCUCCUGGCCGUGAAGAAGAAGCAGGAGACCAAGCGCUCCAUCAACGAGGAGAUCCACACGCAGUUCCUAGACCACCUACUGACAGGCAUCGAGGACAUCUGUGGGCACUACGGCCACCAUCACUGGAAGGACAAGCUGAACCGCUUCAAUAAGAAGUACGUGAAGAAGUGUCUGAUCGCAGGAGAACGCUCCAAGGAGCCACAGCUCAUCGCCUUCUACCACAAGAUGGAGAUGAAGCAAGCCAUCGAGCUGGUGGAGAGCGGUGGCGGCGUCAAGCUACCCUCCGCUGUGCCCUCUACCGUGUCCAUGCAGAACAUCCAACCCAAGAAGCCCAACUCUGACCGCGCUCUGCCCCAAAUCUCCAAGAGCCGUGAGGAAGAGAUCCGGAAGAUCCUGCGGAACAACCUGCAGAAGACCCGGCAGAGGUUGCGUUCCUACAACAGGCACACGCUGGUGGGGGACCCCGAUGAGGACGGCUGGAAUGAAUUGCUCCUCAAGAGGCGGAAAAUAAUGGACAUAGACAAGCAGAUAUCAAGGAUGAGUAAUUACCUCACCGUGCCAGCGGCUCCCCCAGAAUCGCCCACGCUUAGCCGGUCCCGUCUUGCAUCAGACCCCCAGAACUACGGCCCCAAACCCACCCUGGGCAACGUGCCCAUCAUCAAGGUGGACCUGGCCUCGCCGCAGUCGCCGGAGUACGUCAGCGUGGUGGACGAGUUCCAGAAGGAGGCCGUGCCGCUGAAGGAAGAGGAUGAGGACAUGGGCGGCCUGACGAUGAAGGUGCCCCUCGGAGACCCAGAAAAGGAGGGGCAGGAGGAGCAGAACGGCGGUAAGGAGCAGCAGCGCCUGAUGCGGUGCCUGAGUGACCCGGGGCCUGGCGGAGCUGAGGAAGAGGACGAGCCCUUCCUCCCAUGACGAGCACUGCUCCCCUCCCCCCCCAAGGAGGUGGCAGACUACCCUGCUCCAUGCUGUCCCGCCAUGAUUUUUGAGUUAAAAGACUGAAACAAGCCAAAAAAAAAAACUGACACUGAAAGAGGAAAACACAAUACAGCCAUUUAUUUUGUACCAUUGUUGUUGUCUGUUUUUAAUGUCCUCUGCGUCAUAAGCCUUUGGUGCUUUGGAGGCCCAGGUUGCAGUACUAUGCAUUACCAAAGGGUGGCGCUCCUGCUUCAGGAGGACUGACGUGGGUCCAACCUCCCCCUUCAGCGGCACCCACUCAGGGCUGGGUUGACACCCCCCACACCCCCGGUUUGGGCCGUUUUCAUGCAGUGUUUGUGGUGUUGUCGUCUCCGCCGCCACCAGGUGGCACUCUCGUACUUUCUUCUUGUACGUCAGAGUUCAUCUCGUUUAUGUUCCAUGAUUGUUGUUGCAUCCGCUUCAGAAGGAAAAGGAAAAAGGGAAAAAAACCCAAAUGUUAAAUUACGGGGAAAGCUUUUCCACUGCACGAGGUGCUGAACUUCUGAUUCAAAGCAGUUCUUAUACUAGGUCUGCACAAUAUAGGGAAAAAAAAUCAAAUAUCGCGAAGUGAUUUUGUUGCAAUAAAUAUUUACAAAGCAAAAUAGGUCCACAAUUUUUCACAAACCUGUCUAGGAGCGAUUUGGAUGGGAAGGUUGAAAAUGAGGGCCUCGCAAGAUGUACGCAGAGCUCAUGCAAACUGAGGCACUAAACUGAUUUUUAAACUCGUACGAGAAUCUUGAAAAGCAAUCAUUAAAAUUGCAGAGCUUGCCAAGUUUUGUUUAUUAAGAGCGUAAAAAUGUUUGAGUGGAACUUGAACCUCCUGCGCUGUAAUGUCUGGACAGUAUGAAGGUGUGGAAAUGUGUGAUCUCAACCCAGCUGACUGUGGCUGUCCUUGCAAUGUGAGAAUCGCGUGUGCGUAACACAUGAUGUUGAUUAUUAAUAUUGCACAUAGCCCAGCCCACCCUGCCUCAUGGUGUAAUGCUUCUGGCAGUACCAGAUUAUCACACCGGUAUAAAACAAACACAGGAAGUACCAUCCUCUUGGGUACUGUUUUGAAGUACCAAACGUUCAGAACCUAGUGCAGUGGAAAAGCACCCUUGGUGUAUUGUAACAUCGCCUGUCGGCUCUAUGUCGUGUCUCUCUCAUUCUUAAGCAAUAUCAUCUGUGUACUAAUCGACUGACUACUGUGAUUUCCGGGGGGUGUCGGUAGAGGUGCUUGGCAGCUGACUGGGGGUGUGUGACUGUGCGGCUUGUGGUCUGUCUUGUCCCUCUCUGACACUUGCUCUGUGUCUGUUUUGUCUCUGUCUGCCCGUGUUGCUAAUUCAUUCGCUGGCACGUUCACGGAUGUGAAAAACAAGCCAUCUCGGCAUUUCUCCAUGUUAAACGUAGUGACGAGCAGUCCUUACUAAUUAUUACUAAAUUAAUCGCUAACUAUUAGAAAUUUCUUUUCUUCAGAAAUAUAGAUUUAUUGCCAUGAUAUUAUAAACACUAUUUUGUAUACCUGCAGAAGUUCCCUUUCCCAUUUGUCUUGAAUGUCUUACCCAAAGCCACUAAUGAUCUUCCUGAGAACGGUCUGAGAGAGAGGAUCUCCGAUCCUAUCUGUCCAGUUUUAAUGGUUACCAGCAGAUUCUCUGAGUCUCUCUGCUGGGGGUGGGGUGGGGGGGGGAGGGAGGUGAUGGGUGUUCAUUGAACGUAUAGUUUGGCCACCAUCACACUGCAUUACCUGCCUCCACUCCAGCAGUUUGUAAUUUUUUUCCUGUGUCCCUUUUUCUUCUGUCACUUUGCCCCACCUGCUGGCCAUGUUGAGUCAUUGCAUGGUUCGUGACUAUACCUGAACCGCUAAUGCACUGAAGGUGGGGGGGGGGGGGGAGAUUGUCAGCUCUCAGGUAGGUUAAAAUUGCCAGCGUGUACUGGGAGUGCAAACUAACUGCACAAAAUUUUUUAUUUUUUUUUUCCUUUGUCUUUGUGAGUCGUUUAAGUCAUUCAGGGACCCCAUGCUUAACGAAAUCAAUUGUAAAUCAUAGCUACAGUCAUUUGACAUUUUUUUUACAACUAAAUCUGUAUAUUUGCUUUUUGUUGUUGUCUUCAUGUCAGACAUGAUCACCUGCUGACUGUCCUGUUUGUGGGUGUAAACCAGGGGUGUUUCGGUAUGAUGGUUAACCAGGAUAAAAAAAAAUGGAAAUGGUUGUAGCAUUAAUGUUGUUUUAUAUCGAUGCUAAAAUAACAAUAUCUGUCAUCAUGACCGCUUAAUGGGGGUGGGGGCUUGGAGCCUAUCCCAGGAACAGUGGGCACAGGCGGGGACCAGACCUGGGUGGGUCACACACAAUUGAGACAUGCCAAUCAGCCCCUGGUGAAAAUCCAUGUGAACGUGGGGAGAGUGUGUGCGCUCCACACAGAAAGGACCCGGGGUCGAACCCAGGGCCUUUUUGAUGUGAGGCAGCAGUGUUCGCUGUGCCCCCCUAACAAUAACGUCAUGAAGUGUUACUAUCCGUCACCCUCACACAUGCGCUAAUUAUGUAUUAUCACAUGCAUAUCAGUUACUUUUUAAUGUUCCCAAUUCACAUGAAUUCAGGUUAAUUCCAGAUCGUGAUCAUUUUCGUAACACGUGUGCAGACGCCACACGUUCUCCCACAGCGGACGUCAUACUUCGGUUAGCUGCCCAACGGUCUAAAGAUACUAAGAGGUGCUAGUGAUGUUAGCAGGAAAUUGCACCCUGACCAUGAGCCAUGUGGGCCCUGUUUGAAGGAAGUUUUUGUAGAGAGUGACUUGCCAGCGUGUAAAGCUGUAAUGGACGAAACGUCACACGCCAGCUGCGAUAUUGACUUUUGUCUCAUUACUCCGCUGUUCGAAAUCUGAGUCAUCUGUAAGCUAACCUGCUAAAACAAUGCGAAGGCUAAUACCUGAACGAACCAUGUCACUGGAUAGACAACAUUUUAAAUAGACGAGACCUACAUUACCGUGCAAAAGUUUUAGGCAGUCAAAGAAAAUGAUCAUAUCACCCCAACCGAGACACCACCAUGUUUGGCUAAUCAGUACUUCAUUGAGUUACUUAACUAAUUAACCCUUUAACUAAUUAAUUGAUUAAUUGAGCUGAGGGAGAGUUUUGGGACCUGAUGCUGUGUUCUUAGAUAUCAGUUAUUUUGGAGAUCAUGUUUUAUACAUUUAUUUUGUUUAUUGCUCAGUUGCAUGUAUUCUGAUGUUCAAUUGUGCUUCUGAGCAAAUACUUGCUACCCAGAUAAGACUAGAUUUAAACACUUUAUUUCACUGCCUAACGCUUUUGCACAGCAAUGUUCCGUGCAACUAAAUACAAUAAGAAUUAAAUAAGUUUAUGCAACACA